AUGAUGGGCAACCAGAGCAACAGGCAACCAGAACCACAGGCAACCAGAACAACGGGCAACCAGAGCAACGGGCAACCAGAGCAACGGGCAACCAGAACCACAGGCAACCAGAACCACAGGCAACCAGAACCACAGGCAACCAGAACCACAGGCAACCAGAGCAACGGGCAACCAGAACCACAGGCAACCAGAACCACAGGCAACCAGAACCACAGGCAUUCAGAGCCAGAGGCAACCAGAGCCACGGGCAACCAGAGUUUUUGGUACCUCACUGUUUGUCUGUGUGUGUCUGUUUGUGUGUCUGUUCUGAUGUUCUCCUGAUUUUUUUGUCGGUUUUUGAGUAAAAAGUAAAAAAUCAAAGUUUAAUUUCAGUGAAUAAAAUAGUUUUACUUUGUAAUGGGAUUAUGUGAUUCUGGAUUAAGUGACUCUGGAUUAUGUGACUCUGGAUUAAGUGACUCUGGAUUAUGUAAUUUUGGAUAAUGUGACUCUGGAUUGUGGAACUCUCAGAUCGGCACCUGGUCUCAUGUCUUUCCAUGUCUUCUGACCGGGUUCUGGUCCGGUUCUGUAGUUUAAAUCAUUUCUUUGUACAGCUGUUCAGUUUUUUAAAGUUGUAUUUUUUACAGUGUUUUCCUGCUUCAACACUAAAUAAAGUUUAAAACAAAUAAAGUUAUAAACUAAAGAGACCGAGGUCUGAGUGUGUGUGUGUGUGUGUGUGUGUGUGUGUGUGUGUGUGUGUGUGUGAGAGUUAGUGAAUGUGUGUUUGUGUGCCUGGACCUGGCGUCCCAAAACCAUCUAAACGGGUUCGCUGACCAUGAUGUCCCUGCACAGGUCUGCCCUGAACCCCCAAGAGGACUAGACCAGAGACCUGGACUGAUCCGCUCACAUGAAUCCAGAAGGAGUCCUGUCUGAGAACGUGGAUCAGAAAAAUCACAUGAAUUUACACAAAGUCGAUGUUUCUGAAUAUUUAGACUUUUUUCAAUAAAAUUAAGGACAGAAAUGAACUUUUUUCAGGAAGUUUUGGAGCUGCAUCUUUUUUAUUAUAUUUUAAUUUGUUUUAUAUUUAAUGUAGUUUUUGAAAUACUAGCAUAAAGCCUGGAGGCUUUUAUUCUGAAAAGAUCGGACCGGAAAUGACCUGCUGCGGUCUGCGGAGCGUCAGUCCGGUCCGUCUGCUGCUGCUGCUGAAGCCGCUUCGUGUCUUCGCCGCGGCGGGGAGAAAAUGCUGAGCACCAGCAACCCGACCGAGCUCAGAACCAGGACCAGAUUCCGGACAGCGGUACCAGAACGGCCCGGUCCAGAGACGGCAUGAGCGCAGCAGCGGGGACAGAGAGAGGCACGAGCCGCUGA